CCAGAGGGGAUGGGGCGAUGUCUGCGCCGGGCUCCCCGCGUUCUCUGUCGCCCACACCGAGCAUGAAUAUGCUGAAUCGGUCGCUAUCUCGCGCUCCCAGCAACGAAUCUCUGGCGCCUCGUCACCUGUCGCCUGCUUGUAGUGGCGAGCAUCUCCCGAGCCAGCGAAGCACGGACAGCCUCACCGGGACCCUUCGCCGUGUCAGCUCUUGGACCAGCUUCAUACUGGGCCGUCCGAUCUCGCCUUCGCCGUCGACGUCUUCCGUGUCUUCUUGUCCUGCUCCCGCUCCUACGCCACCUCGCGCGACGCUCUCUCGAUCGGUCGCUCUGUACAACAUGCGCCCCAGUACGCUGGGCAAGCAACAGCGGGACGCACAGGAGGUCGCUGGUCAUCGAGAGGCGCCGCUGCCCUCGGAUAAGGCACAGUCAACGCCUGUCCGCGGUCCUCCGGAAGCUUCAUUGCCCCCGACUCCGGCAUCGCCUGCCCCUCGUCCGCCUAUGCCUGACUCGCUCUCCUGGCUCAAAGACGUCUCGUUGCAGAUCGUCAUCGACCAAGAAGGUUUUCGUGAAGCCGAACCAUCUUUCCGAUUUGCAGGGUACUCUGCGCAGGCUCGCUCGCUCGAUCCGGAUGACCCUACCUCUGGAGGCGGUGCCGUUCAGUUCAUGCCAGUCAAGCGGCAGGCGUAUCACUUUCAUUAUGCGCCUCUGGAUGGACUGCCCGUGGUCCGCCGCGUUAUGACCAACAACGGCACGCCUAGGGAUAUCAUCUCUCGGCAGGCCAACCUCAGUCUCAAGGCGACCGGCGUCUACACCAUACACGGCUGCGAAUCGGCGACCUUCCACCCCAGUGGUGCCUCUGGGGAUCAGCUAAAGCUCAAGUGGCGCUUCGACUACAUGGUCGACGACCGUCGUCACGAUGCGACUGGGAGGAUCAUGGCGGGGGAGAAGACCUUGACGCCGAUCACGUUCUCGUGCUCGCCCAUGCUUGUCCAUCCUAUGCAGGGGAAGAAGGUCGGCCUCAUGCAGGUCAUGAAGAAGACGGUAGCCACCAAGCUAAUCGCAGAGAAGAUGGAGGUACCGGCCAUGCCUGGUGCCCCUCGCGUCGUGCCCGUCAUGUCGACGCCACAGACACACAAGCGUACGCCGUCUGGGCCGAUCAACUUCAUCAAGGGCGGAUGGAUGGCGCAUAAGCGUACAUUGUCGCACGGGACGAAGAAGACGGGCCGAGGGGAAGAAACGAUGGGCUCGCCUCGUCCGGAGAAGGAGAACAAGGCCUCUGAGAUGUCGUCGCCGAUCCGUCGUCAUCGCCGAGGGGUGUCUGUUCCAGGAACGGCGACAAUAGGCAUGUCGUCCGCGAAGGACCAGGCAACAGCGACACCGAUUCAUAUGCCUCGACAUAUCAUACCUCGGGCUCAACUUGCGGAGAUCAUGAACCGGCGCGCGUCUGUGGAGGUGCAUACGCCUCAGGAUGGGAAGAGGGUGCGGCCGAGCUCGGUUGUGAUCACGCCAUUGGGUCCCAAGCCGCGUCGGAGGGUUGAGCCCAUGCAUGUUGCAUGAGGGGCUUGUCUUCGUUCCUUCUGUUGCCUUUUCGUUCUACGCAUUUACGUGCACGAAUCUACAAGUCGUAGCCAACGCCUCUCACUCGUAAAGACUACACAUACACAUGUCUUGAAUGCAAUAACAUGGCG